AUGACUGAACAAAAUAACGCCUCAACAAUAAUGGAUGAAGGUGAAGCAAUUCUAGAUUCGGGUAGUUUAUUUGAUGUUGAUAAUCUGAUGAUGGAAGGUACACCUUCAAUGAAUUCAAAUCAACAACAAAUGGCUACACAUCAACAACCAGUGCUCAUCAAUGACAACCGAUCCAAUGAAGAUAGUACUGGUGGUAGCAGUAGCACAACAAUUCCUGUGCAAACAAGUACACGACGAAAGAGAGCAUCAUCAUCAGCUUCAACAACAACUACAACAAGAAGAAAUUCGACUGCCUCUACACCUAAACCAAAGAAGAAAAAGAAUGAUGAUGCAGAUGAUGAGGAAGUUUCCGAAGAAGGAUCAGUGGAGGAUAGUACACUUUCACAUUUGAAAUUACUACCAAAUCAACGUUCUGCUUGUCCUAUGGAUGAAGUACCAAGUAAUCAACAAGGUCGUUAUUGGAUAUUCGAAACAAGCACCCCUAAUGAAUUGAAUGAUGUGACUGUGAGAGUAACUAUGAAAAUUAGAGGAGAGGAAGCUAAAAACUAUGUACCAGACAAAUUGUACAGUUCCCACAAGUAUGUGGUCAUGCAUGAAAUUUCUGGCAAGACUUUGGUAGAAAAGUAUCCACUCAUUGUUUCUAAAAUUCAUGUAAUUAAUCCAGCAAAUAGAGAGGAAUUGAGAAACUCAAAGAAUACCAACAAGUUAUGUCUUAUGGGAACUAUGGAAACAGCUCUGACUAAAUCUAAUGUUUCUUCAAAGAAGUCAAAUACGGUUAUUCAAGUAGAGGAAGUUGUAAAGGGAUUAAUGAAAGUUCAGUUCACAGAUGUAAGCUACCAUCAUGAAAAAGGUCAUUUUGGAUUUAUUAUUCACUAUUAUAAUCCUGCCAACUUGGAUAAACCACUCUUUUCCCUUAUUGCUCCUCCAUUCAAUGUAUUUGCUAGAAAACCAACCAAUGAAAAUCAAACUGAAACACUUCAACCUACCAAACCAAAACCAUCCAAAAAGAAACGUAAAUCAACUGAUCCAGAUGAGGAUGGUUCUUCUGUUCAAGAUGUACCAGCUGCAGAAAGCUCAUCUGCAGCAACAGCAUCUUCUGCUACCAAUCCAGCUCAACCUGCACAAGAGGAGCCAGUCAAGAAGAAAACAAGAAGACAAACCAAGAAACAGAAUCGUAACAAUGAAGAUGCUCAAAUGGAUGUUAGUAUUCCUGAAGUUGUAAUGAAUGUUUCUCAACCAUCCCAAAAUAUGCAACUCUUCAAUAGCAAAUUGGAAGCAAUACUUGCAAUUAAGAAACAACUAGGUCAAGAUGCUAACAAGAAGGCCUCCGAACUUGCUCUUCAAAAUCUUCUUCUUCUCGAGCCAGUUGCUGCCCAUAGCUUUUUACUCAAUCCAAGUUCAGAUAAUUCUUCUGGAACCAGUAAUAUUCAAUAA